CUUGCCGGUUUCUUAUUUUUUUAAUUUUUACUCUUCAUACAAUUGUGCUUUUACUCUAGCUAUAGAAAGUAAAAUAAAAAAAACUGUGUUCUUGGUGGUGUUCGCGGGAAGAAGAUGGACGAGGUGAAUUUUCAAGUUUUGGAGUCGAAAUCAGGCCCUGACAGAUUAAGGAGAACAAUGGCGCCAGUGUAUUUGAAGGCCAAAGAUUUGGUGAAAUGUACGAAUGGAUUCAGCGAAGAUAAUUUAAUUGGAAAAUUUCAAUUCGGAGAAGUUUAUCGCGGAUUUAAUUUUCGUAAAGAAGAAGUUAUCGUUAAGGUUUGGAAUAAUGAGUUAGAUAAUGUUCGUCCUGGCGACAAUGAAGCCAGAUGGUCUGACGAAAUUCGGCUGCAUGAGUGUUUUAGAAGUCACAAUUUCCAUCCAAAUUUGGCUAAGCCGUUUGCUUUUUGCAUUGACGAUCAUCUAUUGGCUGCUGUUUACCAUCUUCAGCCACCCGCCAUUGACACACUCCUUAAUCUCAUUGAACAAGAUAGCUUUACCUGGCCGCAAAGGAUCAAGGUUGCUCUUGGAUUUGCUUCUUUACUUCAAUUCAUGCAUUCUGAGAGCCAGAGUCCUACACGUUUGCCUUAUCUUAUUCGUAAUAUUAAUGCUGCUCAUAUAAUGGUUGAUGAGGAUCAUGAAGCAGUGUUGUUUGAUUUAAGCAUGAUUUCUGGUGGAAUUCUCAUCGACAAAAGAAACCUUCCAGAUCAAUAUGUUAAUGGAUGUCAUGGUUAUAUUGAUCCAGCUGGGGCAUAUCCAGGUAAAUGGUCAGACAAAUGUGAUGUUUUUUCGUUUGGCGUGCUGAUCUUAUCUUUAAUCAGCAAAAGAGUCUGCAAAGACAUUCGUGAUUCUUCCCCAGUGUAUGAAUGGGCCAGGGAAGAGUAUAAAUCGAAAAGUUCUUCUAUUAAUUUUGGUAAAAGCCAGUCCUCGCUUGUGCAUCAGAGCCUAGAAUCAGGACCAGAAUUCUACUUUAGUGAUGCAAUUACUAUUACAAAAUUGGCGAUGCGUUGUGUUCAGCAUGAUCCUCAAAAGAGACCAAAAAUGAAGAAGGUUGUUGGAUGUUUACGGAAUUUGAAUGUUACUCGACAUUAUGCGGAUAAUUGGGAAAUUAACAAGAUACUCAAUGGUGAUGUUGGUAUUUUGCAACAUGAUAGCCAUUCAGGGAAGAAAUCUAAGCAACAUUUAAAAUGGCACCAGAAACGUAUCUUGCGAUUCUUUCCUGCUGGACUCAUAGCUUCCAGCAGUUUCAAAGACUUUAAUCAUAGUUGGAAAGAGAAAGAAUCUGUGCGACUUACAAAACGGCUUCAUGGAUAUUUCUUUCAAAUCACUCUUGACAAAUGCCACCUUUUUAGUGAUUUAAGAGGCAGUAAUCACAGUUUAAUGGGGGGAAGUUCUGUUGAAGGAAAAGAUAAUGCACUAAAAGUGUUUUCUUAUGAAAACCUACGCGUGUUCACCAAUAAAUUUAGUGAACAAAAUCGCAUUGGAAAUGUCCAAUACGGAGAAGUUUUCCGCGGUAAGAUUGAUGAUAAAAACGUGAUGGUGAAGAUUUGGAAAGUGAAUACUGAAUUGUAUCUAGCUGGUUGGUUUCAUAAUAAAGACAGGUUAUGGGAUGAGAUGGCAUUGCUUCAGGAUCCCAAACUUAUAUCUCAUCCAAAUUUGGUAAAAUUGAUCGGAUACUGCUAUGAGGAAGAUGGUUUUGGUGUUGUCUAUGAUCUUGAUCCACACGAUACAGUACGUCGUCUUGUGCCUAGAGAAGAUGGCUUUACUUGGCUGCAGAGGAUUAAGGUUGGAUAUGAAUUUGCCAGCCUCCUUAAGUUUCUUCAUGCUCCUAAUCCGCCCUAUGAGCCAUGUAGAGUUCGCAGUAUAGAUGCUUCUCAUAUUGUACUUGACAAGGAGUACAGCCCAAAAUUAUUUGAAUUUGGGAUUUGCAGUGGUGGAAUCAUUCUUGACGAUAGAUAUAAAAGGAACAAGUAUGCAUGUGGAAGCGGGGAAUACAUUGAUCCGCAUCCGUAUACUGCUUAUUAUGGAGGCUCGCUGGCGACAAGAUCUGAUGUUUAUGCUUAUGGCUGUAUACUCCUGAGCUUGAUAUCGAAACAAAUUUCUACAUUUGAGGAGAUAAGGAAUGGCACUCUUUGCAUUAGUGAAUGGGCUGUCGAAGCAUACGAGUCGCAGAGAUCGAAGAAAGGCUCGGUGUCGCUUGUGCAUGAAAGCCUAAAGAAUGAUGAUGGUUUUAAUGAGAAUGAUGGAGUUGCGCUUACAAAGUUGGCACUGCAAUGCGUAGAUAUGGAAGGAUGUAAGAGGCCUGCCAUGAAACAAGUUGCGAAGCGUUUACGGAAGCUACAUGCUGUUGGCAAUCAUGCCAAAGACUUGGGCAUCAAGCAUAAAUAUCACUAUGUAGAGAUUUAGAGGACAUAAUUUUUAUUUUUAUUUUGAUAAUUUUUAAGGGAAAGCGCAACUUAGCAAAAUUUUGUUCAGUGCUUAUAACUCGUUGGUAGGACAUUAAAUUAUAUCAUAUCACAUGAAUCUAUAUGAUUUUGGUAGUUUGUAUUUUGCGUGACAAA